AUGGCCCUCUUCAAGUUUGACGAGGAGAUAUCGAGACGCACCAGCAACUGUUCAGGAGCCAUUUUACUAGAUGAGUUCGAGGACUCACAUAGUGAGCCCAGUCAUGACGUGGACUCCGAUGACUUUGGACAGCACCACGAGCAGGAUCUCCCGUGGUAUAAAAACCUGAUGAGCUUGAACCCGACGGCGACCGCGCCGAAGGACUUCGUUUCCUCGCCGCUAGUGCACUCCAGUAUCAGCGCUAGAGAACCGGCAUACACGCCCGCCCGCAGCCGACGGCGGUCAUCGCUAUACAAUAAGUUUGCAGUAAGCACGCCGCCAAAUACGACGCGGUUCCCCGUGUCCGUAGACGCCGAGGCGUUUUUGGACCCCACAUUGCCGGAGGGAAUGAGCCCCAGCUUCCAGAAGCGCCAGACGCCGCGCAAGUUGGAGGACUUCAAGCCGGUACGUGUGCUGGGACGCGGGGCGUACGGGAAGGUGCUGCUUGUGAAAGACCAACUGACUUCCAAGUUGUUUGCGAUGAAACAACUGAAGAAGGCGGAGAUAGUGGUUACCGCGCCGGAGGAGGAGAGCACUGACGGCGAAGACGCGGUGCUGCUCCCUGCCGUUGUCGAAAAACGAGUGGAGCGGACGUUCGCAGAGAGAACAAUAUUAUCGCAGCUGGAGCAUCCUAAUAUUGUCAAGCUUUUCUACUCGUUCCAUGAUCACCACAAGCUAUACCUGGUUUUGCAGUAUAUUCCUGGGGGGGAGUUGUUUUACCAUCUGAAGGAGCAAGGCACGCUGGAUGAGGUAACCGUAUCAUUCUACGCUGCAGAGAUCAGCUGUGCGCUAAAGUUUCUACACAGCAAGGGCAUUGUUUAUAGAGAUUUGAAACCUGAGAACUGUUUAUUGGACGACAAGGGACACCUUGUUCUGACGGAUUUCGGACUAUCGAAGAGGGGGGUCAAUCAAGCGGAUAGCCCACUCGGAGGCGAACAAGUGGAGGAGCUCUACUCUAUAAUUGGAACCCCUGAAUAUUGCGCUCCAGAGAUUCUUUGCGGUCAACCAUAUACGCAGAACUGCGAUUGGUAUUCUUUGGGGAGUCUCACCUAUGAUAUGCUGAUCGGCAAGCCUCCAUUCACGGGUGCAAACCAUAAAGUCAUAUUGAGCAAAAUAAAGCAGGAUAAAGGCAUCAAGAUUCCGCACUAUCUGAGCGACGGUAUGAAAGACUAUCUGAACGCACUAUUAAAGAAAGAUAUCGGGAAAAGAUGGGAUGUCGACCGGUUCUGGGAUAAGGAGGGAACAAAGACCAAGAAGAAAAAGGCCGGCCAGGCAAAGACAAGCUGCUAUCAGUCACAUUUCAUUUUCCGUAAAAUCAACUGGAAGCUCAUGGAGAAUGGGGACCUCCAACGGACUACCUACGGUCCGAUAAUCCCUGUCAUCACCGACUGGGAGCUGGCUGAGAAUUUCGACUCUGAGUUUACAGGCAUGCGUUUGGAGAGCGAGGACAUACAAGAAAACGGAAUUCGAAUUCAGAACAACAGAGAUGGCAGUAGUGGUGGCAUGCGUAAUGAUGUAUUCAAAGGUUUUAGUUUUGUGGCCAGUACUAGCUAUCUCGAUAGAUAUUUCUAG